GGAAGAAUCAUUGGGAUUCUAAGCCGAAUGUUAAGUAGACCGGAAGUGGGAGAAAGGAAGUGUGGAGGAAAACUACAUUUCCCACCAGUCUCCCGAGGGCCGCUUGUUUCCUCUCUCUUCCUGAUUAACGGUUCCGCUUUGUUGUUACCAACAGUCGGCUUCUAGGAGAGUUUAAUUGGAUGAAAGAGGUUUUGACUGAAGCAUGUUUUCUGAUCAAAGUAAUGACCCGAUGCCUUAGUUGUUAUCUGCAAUGGAAAUGUAGAUGUCUUCUGCACCAUGAAAUCAGCCAGUGUUGGAUCAAGUAAACACUCAGUGCUUCCUCCCAUCAUCCCAGAGACUGAGAAAGAAUUUCUGGAGAGCAUUCAGAGUUAUAUCAUUUCAGAAAUUGAAAAAGUGGGCUGUACCGAGCAAGGACCAGCAGAGGAUUAUUACAUAAUAUACAGAAAUGUGUUUGAAAUGAUAAUUGAGCAUGUUAAUGCAUACAAAAGCAUUUUGACCACAAUCAAGCAAGAAUAUGAUGCUUUUAUAGAAGUAAUAAAAAAGGGGCAGCAUGAUGCAUUUUAUCUUCAUGGAAAACUAAAAACGUUAGCAUGUGAAUCUUCAACUUUAAUGUAUUAUAAGAAAAGAAUAACUCAGCUGGAAGAAAAAGUGAAAAGAAUUGAGAAGAAUUCUGCAAGAACUGAGAGCUUAAUUCAGAAAUUAAAAAGUUUAAGGUUAACACUCUUAGAAAAAGAAGAUUUAUCCCCAGUCAAAAAAGUUAAUCCUGCUAAAAAAAUUCCAGGUCUCAAUAUGAAAGACUCUCUUGAUAUAGAUGUCCUUUCUAACCACUUAGAUCAUCUACAAAAAAGGUUGAAGGAGUUGAAAGACGACAUGCUGACAAAAUACAUUCCCAUAGAAAACACAGCCAAUGUUGAAGGAGACAUGAAUCACGCCCUUCAAAAGCGAAAUAUGGCUGAAAAAAAUAAUGAAAGCUUGAAGUUUUGUUUUUAUCGGUUAACUCUGUUUGCAAGUGUGAUCACUGUCUGGGAGAAUACAGACAGGAAUAUUGACACUUUGCAGCUGCUCAUCCAUCAAAUGAUAGAAAAUGAGAAAUUUGCAAAAGGUUCAAUUGCUUCUAGUGUCUCAAGUGUAUUUGAACGUGAUCCUGCUAAAAGCAAAGAGGCAGAAGAUCUGAUUGAAUUUAUUGAAAGGUUCAAUGAACUGUUUUCCCGUGGUCAGUAUGAGGCUGCAGCAACAUAUGCAGCAAACUGUCCUAGAGGAAUCCUACGCAAUGAAGAAACCAUGGAGAAAUUUAGGGCUGUUGGUCAUGUUAAAGGGAAGAUUCUCCCUCUCCUUUUGUAUUGUGAUGCACUCAUAACUACAACCAUUGCUGUUAAGAAGCAUCUUCCUGCAAAUUUGACAACUGAAGCCAUCAAAUGUGCCUUAGCUGAGAAACGGUUAGACUUGGUGAUGCAUUGGAUCACUUUGCACAAAUUGGAAUUCUCUGAGGCUGCCGGUGAUGCAAUCUUUAAGUAUGCAGAUGUGGAUACGCACAACAGGUCCCAGUGUCUAGCUUUGGCUCAAAUUGCAUACAGUGAGUGUGGGGCACACAAAAAGGCUGUUUUAUGCUUGUGCAAACAGGGCCAGAUUUAUGGAGCCAUGGAUUAUCUACAUCAUUUCAAACUUCUUUCCGCAGAGGAUUAUAUCUUUCUACUGAAGCACUGUCCUCGUAUAGAUUUCAUCCAUUGCCUUACUCAAGAAUGGAAUGGGAAACCACCAAUCCUAUCCCUUGGGGAAACCAUCCUUUCUCUCAUUGGAACAGAACAUGAAAUACAUGGCAUACACUUGUUGGAGGAUAUUACCAAAAAGGGGAAGGAUACAUUGGAACAAAUUAUUGUAAAGGAUAUCUCCAAUGUGGAAGGUUGGAAAGAGAUAGCUGAAACAUGCCUCCUUGUCAAAAAAGAACAUUUAUACAAACUUAUCAUCUCUGCCCUUGCUAGCCUGGAAGGAGUGUUUGAAAUUCCAGCAGAUGAUACAGAGGACGCCAAAUUAAUGGAACACGUGUUCCUGUAAUUUUUCCACAAGGCACGUGGAGGAGCUCUUUGUCCUAGGAGUUGUUUAUAUUGGCUGCACAAAUAACAACACAACUUCUGCAUGUUAUUUCUGUUUUAAAAACGUAAUAUAUUUAAUACCAUGAACUUGAUUUGAUUGUGCUAUAGUUGCUGCUCAUGCUUGAUCAUUUGCCUUUGUUUUACUUUAAAAAGUGAUGUUCCUUUCUGAAGUAAUUUAGCUAUGUUUAUACCAGAUCACUUGUGAUUUCUCUUCCCUUUUUCAGUAUUUUGUUUUCUUCUAUUUUUUCUUCCUAGAGACAGGAAGUUGAAUCAAUUGUUGGAGACAGAGUCUUUCAUCUCCCAAAUAGUCACAUUUGUUUAAUUUUUAAAAUCAUGUUGCUCUUAUGUUGAUACAUUUAGUGGCAAAAUUAGAAAUUAUCUCUAAUAUACGCAUGGAUAAGAUGCUCACAACUUAGCUACACAGUUACUUUUUCCAUUCUACGAACUGGAAUGAAACUGGAAUAAUUCCUGGUUUCCCCGAUGGAAUCAGUAUUUUUGGACUAAUGGUUAUGUAACUUUUGUAGUUUUUCUUGGCAUGGUUGUUGGAUUAUGAAAGGUAUAGUCCCAAUGCAACCCGGAAGGUACCGGGUGGUGUUUAGGCUACCUUAUUGCACAUAGAUUCAGCAUUAACUUAUAUUUAUGCUAUAAAUAAGUUAUUUAGAAAAUCCAUCCUAUUAUGAAACAUUUUGUUAUACCGCAGACUCUUGAUUACUACCCUGUUUCCCCCAAAAUAAGACAUCGCUUGAUAAUAAGCCCAGUCGGGCUUUUGAGCACAUGGCAAUAAGGCCAAGCGCUUAUUUCAGGGUUCAAAAAAAUAUAAGACAGGGUCUUAUUUUCGAGAAAACACAGUAACAAAUUAAGCAAGUUACUAAAAUUAUAUCUCUAAUAUGAUUGUAUUUGAAUAUAUAUUUUCAUCCUUAUUUUCCUUCCUUUACAGCAAGCAGUUCAUUUCUUUCACCCUCAUAAACCUGCCACGUAAGCAGGGAAAGGCCGUAGCUUGAAGGUGAUGUGAAUUGGUUAAUGAAGAUUUUCUUGCACUCACAUCCAAUUAUAUUUCACAGGGUUUUCUGACAGAAACAAACCAAGAUAAAAAAAUACAUGUUCAACAAUGCAUCUGCUCUUUACCAUAAUAUGUAUUAAGCAGGUUGAUAAAGAACAGCUAAGAGACAUGGAUUUUGGGACAAAAGGCUGAAUAUCAGCAAUUAUGGAAGUAUGGUCCAACAUUUACUUUUCUUUUUCACUCCCCCAUUAUUUCUUUUCAAAGAGUUCGUCAGCAGAAGCCCAAAUGUAUGUUAUAAGAUAUGCUAUGCUAUAUUUGAAUGUCUUUUUAGUUCCCAAGAUUGCAGUACAAGCCAAGGACAUUCUCACUCUGGAAAGCUGUAACUCUAUAAUCAUAUAUGCAAGUAACGAUUCUUGGGGGACGGCAUUGAAGGGGUGUGUGUAGGGAGGGAGGGGGGGAGAGAGAGAGAGAGAGAGAGAAUCUCAAGGUAAAUUAAGUUCUUUAUGGCAGUGGAAAAGUAAAAAAUAAAAAAUCUACAUCAAGCACAGAUGGUCCCAUAAUUUGUUCCAAGGUGCUGAAUUUUGAUCACAGUAUAGGACUUCACCCAAAUUCCAGAUACUGUAAAUUGCCAGCUCACUAGUUUACUGCAUUGUCUCUAGACAUCAUGUUAACUUUAGGGACUUUUGCUGAAUACUACCCAGCCACAGAUUCUCUGUUUCCUUGACUCAGAAAAUCACUGUUGGAAUCCUUUGUCACCAGGAAUUUGGAUAUAAUCCUGUUAAUGAAUUGAAUAAUAACUGAGUUUAAAUUGGAUAGUUGUGGUUCACAGACCCCUAAUUUAUUAAAGGACCCUUUCUUAAGAAAAUGUAGCCUGGAUUAUUUAUUUAAGAAUAUAAUAUACUAUAUGCAUGAUAUAUAUUUGAAUGUGUGUAUGUGUAUGUGAUAAUAUGUAUGGGUGGAUGUGCAUAGAAAGAGAAAGAAAGUCUAGGCAAGUAAACUUAGUAUUUUCAAAUAAAACCAGUCACAUGCAUGGCCAUUGUUUCUGGCUUAAUUUGCCCUGAGGCACACUAGAUAUAUAUAUAUAUAUAUAUAGUACAAGCAUGAAGCCGAAAGCACCAGCCUGAAGAUGAUGAGUGAGACCUCGUCGAAACGUCACCAAGAUACUCUCAACCUUACACAGGAAAAGACCCGAAUAUGCCAAGACCUAUCAUUCCAGAUAUCAUUCCAGAUAUUCUUCUAACUAAGCUAAACCAGCUACAGGUACCGGAACAGACUUGUAAGUGGAUCACAAGCUUCCUAACAAACAGGAAGCAGCAGGUGAAGCUAAGCAAGAUCACAUCAAAUACCUGUACAAUUAGCACAGGGGGCCCCCAAGGCUGCGUGCUCUCCCCACUUCUCUCUGUAUACCAAUGACUGCAUCUCCAAUGAUCCAUCUGUUAAGCUACUGAAGUUCGCAGAUGACACAACAGUGAUUGGUCUCAUUCGAGACAAUGACGAAUCCGCAUUUGGCAAGAGGUCGAAUGACUAGCCUUGUGGUGCAACCAAAACAAUCUGGAACUGAACACACUCAAAACCGUAGAAAUGGUGGUAGACUUUAGGAGAAACCCUUCCAUACGUCCACCUCUCACAAUACUAGACAACACAGUAUCAACAGUAGAAACCUUCAAAUUUCUAGGUUCUAUCAUAUCGCAAGAUCUAAAAUGGACAUCUAACAUCAAAAACAUCAUUAAAAAAGGACAACAAAGAAUGUUCUUUCUGUGCCAACUCAGUAAGCUCAAAUUGCCCAAGGAGCUGCUGAUUCAGUUCUACAGAGGAAUUAUUGAGUCUGUCAUUUGCACCUCUAUAAUUGUCUGGUUCGGUUCUGCAACCCAACAAGAAAAACACAGACUUCAGAGGAUAAUUAGAAUUGCAGAAAAAAAUAAUUGCUACCAACCUGCCUUCCAUUGAGGACCUGUAUACUGCACGAAUCAAGAAGAGGGUCGUGAAAAUAUUUACAGACCCCUCGCAUCCUGGACAUAAACUGUUUCAACUCCUACCCUCAAAACGACGCUAUAGAGCACUGCACACCAGAACAACUAGACACAAGAACAGUUUUUUCCCGAAGGCCAUCACUCUGCUAAGCAAAUAAUUCCAUCAACACUGUCAAACUAUUUACUGAAUUUGCACUACUAUUAAUCGUCUCAUCGUUCCCAUCACCAAUCUCUUUCCACUUAUGACUGUAUGACUAUAACUUGUUGCUGGCAAUCCUUAUGAUUUAUAUUGAUAUAUUGACCAUCAAUUGUGUUGUAAAUGUUGUACCUUGAUGAACGUAUCUUUUCUUUUAUGUACACUGAGAGCAUAUGCACCAAGACAAAUUCCUUGUGUAUCCAAUCACACUUGGCCAAUAAAAAUUCUAUUCUAUUCUAUUUUACAUACCUAUACCCGUGAAAACCUACGAAAACAAAUAUAAAUAUAUGCAUGUAUGUAUGUAUGUAUGUUUUCUGAGGUUUUCGUGGGUGUUUGUAUGUAGGUCUUUGGUUAUUCAGGUUUUCUCCCGUGUAAAAUUGGAAGUGUCUUGGUGACGUUUCGACGAAGUCUCAUUCGUCAUCUUCAGGCUGGUGUUUUCAGCUUCAUGCUUCUAGGAGCAAUUGCACACACAUACACAUACACAUACAGCUUUGCACACACAUAGCAAGAGUGAUCUCUGCAUAUAUGAUUACAGAAUUACAGCUUGCGAAGCAACUGUGUGGGAGUCUCCUUGGCUUGUGCUACUGGUUUGUAUACAAGACACUGUAAUCUUGGGAACAAGAAAAGCAUUCAAACAUAGCAUUUCUCAUAAGAUACAUUUGGGUUUGUCUUGGCAAAAUCUUUGCAAAGCAAGAAUAUAGAAGUGAAAAAUACAAAGCGCUACUACAAAGAGAAACUCCCCUUUACUGAGUUCAGAAUGUUGCCCAUUGAUGGGAAUUAAUUUAAAAUAAUAUUUUAGAAGGAGCACACAAGAUGCUUAUAUAACACCCAUAGGGGUGUUUAGUGGAAGCCAAGGAUAAUCUUUAAUGGGAUUUCGCAUUGAACUUAGUAUUGCUCCUAGGAAAAUGUGUACAGGGUUGCAGUGCUUUUACUACAUCCAUAAAGUCAUAAAAUAUUAAACUCUUAAAAGUCUUGCUGUCUUCCAUUAAAAUUUCACAUCCCCAAAUGCCUAGGGGUGAGACGUAAUUUCAGCUGCUUCCUAAAGGAUAAAAGGGUAAUGGCUAGCCCAGUGAUGACUAACCUUUUUCUCAUUAUGUGCCGAAAGUGCGGGCGCAUAUGUGUGACAAUGUGCGUGAGUGCCGGCACCCAUAAUGCAGUGCGCUCCCCCAUGCAUGCGCACGUGACCCCCACACUUCCCCCAUCCCUGUGCAUGUAUGCGCAACCCUCCUGGCAGGCCACCCUGCAGCCUCCUGGCCCAAAAACAGGCUGUGUGGGGACAGGUCACACAUCCCCACACCCAGUGGUGGGAUUCAGCCAGUUCGCAUCACUUCGGGAGAACUGGUUGUUAACUUUCUGAGCAGUUUGGCAAACUGGUCAUUGGAAGAAAUCAUUAGGGCAGAGAACUGGUUGUUAAAUUACUUGAAUCCCACCACUGGCCACACCCCAUUUUGGGCCUUGCAGGCCUCCCUGCAACCUCCUGGCUCAAAA